AUGCCUGCCAUCAAGCAAAACUUGUCCAGUAGUGCCGCUAAGGGCGACCUCUUCAAAUACCAAUCGCAAUUGCCCAAGUUGCCCGUUCCCACCUUGGAUGAAACCGCUGGAAGGUAUCUCAAGUCGGUGCAACCCUUUUUGAGCAAGGAGCAGUAUUCGGAAACCGCUGCCAAGGUCAAGGCCUUCGUGGGUGGCGAGGGAGUCCAGUUGCAGUCCCGUCUUCAGGAAUACGCCCAGGACAAGGACAACUGGUUGGCCACCUGGUGGGACGACUAUGCCUACAUGUCGUACAGAGACCCAGUGGUUCCAUUCGUGUCUUACUUCUUCUCCCACAAGGACGUCAACAACGCCAUCGGUAAGGACCAGUUGUUCAAGGCUACCUUACUUGCCCAUUACACUAUCGAGUUCAUGGCCGAGGUCCAGACCGAGAACUUGGACCCUGAGAUCAUCAAGGGCAACCCCUACUGUAUGAACGCGUUCAGAUACAUGUUCAACAACUCGAGAGUCCCCAAGGAGGGCACCGACAUCACCAAGCUCUACGAUGGCGAACAGCACCAGUACUUCGUGGUGAUCUACAACAACAACUUCUACAAGGUCAACCACCACAAGGAUGGCAAGCCCAUCUCCAUCCCCGAGAUCUACCAGCAGCUCCAGGCCAUCAAGAACAGCAAUGCAGACAAGGGUGAGGGUAUUGGUGCCUUGACUUCCCUCAACAGAGACGAGUUCGUCAGCGCCUACAACAACUUGGUAGCCACCCCUAUCAACGAGCAGUCCUUCGAAACCAUCUUUGCCUCCUCGUUUGUGAUCUGCUUGGACUCAAACAAGCCUAUCACCAUCGAAGAAAAGUCCGCCAACAGUUGGCACGGAGACGGCCAGAACCGUUACUUCGACAAGCCUUUGGAAUACUUUGUCUCUGAAAACGGUAACUCGGGUUUCUUGGGUGAGCACUCCAAAAUGGACGCCACUCCAACCGUGCAAUUGAACAACUACGUCUUGAGCAAGAUUGCCAGCCACGAUCCAAAGAAGUUCUUGCAGCAAUUAUCCUCCAGCAACUUCGAUUUCUCUGCUCCAAAGCCCCAAAUCUUGGAGUUUGAUCUCAACCCUGUCGCCAGAAAGAACAUUGCCACUGCCAUUGCCAAGUUCGAUGAAACCAUUUCCACCCACGACGAAGAACUCUUCCAACACUAUGCCUACGGUAAGGGCUUGAUCAAGAAGUUCAAGGUUUCUCCUGAUGCUUACGUCCAAAUGUUGAUCCAAUUGGCCUACUUCAAGUUGACUGGCAAGAUCAGACCAACCUACGAAAGUGCUGCCACUAGAAAGUUCUUGAACGGUAGAACUGAAGCCGGUAGAACCGUUUCCCCUGAAUCCAAGCAGUUUGUUGAAACUUGGACCAACUACGAUGCCACCAUUGAAGAAAAAGUUGCCACUUUCCAAAACGCUUGUAAGCAACACGUUAAGUACUUGAGUGAAGCUGCCGAUGGUAGAGGUGUCGACCGUCACUUGUUUGGUUUGAAGCAAAUGCUUCGUACUGGAGAACCAGUUCCAGAAAUCUUCAAGGAUCCUAUCUUCAGUUACUCUCAAUCUUGGUACAUUUCGUCUUCUCAAGUUCCUUCUGAAUAUUUCCAAUCCUGGGGUUGGUCUCAAGUCAUUGACCAAGGUUUCGGUUUAGCUUACUUGAUUAACAAUGACUGGCUCCAUAUCCACAUCGCUUCCAAGAAGGGCAACGGGUUAAGCUCAGGACACUUGAAGGCAUACUUGAUUGAAUCUGCCAACGAAAUGAAGGAGAUUUUGUCCAAGGGAUUGUUGGAACCACAAGCCAAGUUGUAA